AUGGCCAUUGGUGCUCUCUUUGAUUAUUCGUUCGCUGAAUGCACUCGUGGUGCUGCAAUGCACCCACUACCCUCAUUGUCUCCUUUGAUUCCUCCCUUCUUCCCCUCUCUCUUCACUUCCUCCCCUCUCCCCUCCCUUCCUUCCUCCCCUCUUAUCUCCCUGUCUCCUAUCCUCCCCCUUCCAACCACGAUCAAGGCGGUGGUGGCUGUGGGGGGCAAUGAUACGCUGCAUAUCUCACUCACCCCACACAUCUCAUUCUCUCACCCCAUCCACCCAUCUCACCACGAGAAGGCGGUGGAGCAGGGGGCAGAGGCGGUGGUGGCUGUGGGGGGAGAUGGCACACUGCACAUCUCACUCACUCACCCCACGCAUCUCACACACUCAUCCACUCACCCAUCUUAUUCACGAGCAGGCGGUGGAGCAGGGGGCAGAGGCGGUGGUGGCUGUGGGGGGAGAUGGCACACUGCACGAGGUGAUGUGACCUUUUAUACUGUCGUGAACGGUUUUUUCUCCAACGGGCAGCCCGUGGUUCCUCGGGCAGCUGUUGCGCAGCAAGCGCUGCGGACUGGGGACGAGGUGCAGCUGUCAGAAGAGCUCAGGGAGCAACAAGCAGCGGCGCACAUGGAGCCUUCAAACGGUGACAGCCAACGCGACAGCGAACGAAACGGCAGUGAACCGACUGAGGUUGCUUCCAGAAGACCAGCGCUGGGGGUCAUUCCUCUCGGCACAGGCACUGACUUUGCUCGAACCUUUGGCUGGAGGAGCAAUGACGUGAAGGCUUCAGUGGCAAGAAUAGUGCGAGGGCAGCGCAGGGCAGUGGACGUGGGGCAAGUUCAAUUGCCUGCCUGUGCUGUGGACCGCUGCUUCAUCAACGUGGCCGAUGUGCACCUGAGCGCACGUGUGGGGCGAGCAGCAGUUUCCUUGAAGGCCCUGGGGCCUCUCUGCUACGCUGUGGCGGCUUUUAAGGCGUUUCCUAAGCACCGGAACUUAGACCUAAGCAUCAGGGGCAGGAUAGCUUCUCAACUUCUCAGUCUCUCACCCUUCCUCUCACUCUCCCUUCCACCCUCCCUCCCACCCUCCCCUUCAUCCUCUCACCCUCACUUCCACCCUCCCUCCCACCCUCCCCUUCAUCCUCUCACCCUCCCUUCCACCCUCCCUCCCACCCUCCCCUUCAUCCUCUCACCCUCACUUCCACCCUCCCUCCCGCCCUCCCCUUCAUCCUCUCACCCUCCCUUCCACCCUCCCUCCCACCCUCCCCUUCAUCCUCUCACCCUCCCUUCCACCCUCCCUCCCACCCUUCCCUUCAUCCUCUCACCCUACUUCUAA